AUGGCUCUAGCUUCUCUGGUGGACUGGAGGGUGGACACAUGGGCAGCAAUGCUGAGGCACAACUCUGAGAUAUUUGGCAUGUUCAAGUGUUUCAUGAGCCCUCCAGCCUUGGAGGACUUGCCAAUGAGUGGAUGGAUAACGGGAGUCUGGGGGAUGACGGGUGUCUACAGGAGUAUUAUUGUGGCAUGGAAGAAGAGUCUGCAAGCAGUGGUGCUAUCUGAUUCCUCAGCACACAGUGAUAACGACUCAGGGAUCGUGACUCCACUUGUCGAGCCUCAGGUUGACUCACCUUUGGGGCCCCGGCAUACCAAGUGUCCCAAUGCUGGAAAGGGUGGAAAAGCCUCUCAGUUAAGAAAGGUUGGAGAGGCCGUGAUUGAUGCUCCAGCAAGACGUGCUGGCAAGGGACAACAGUUUGUUAUACCUGAUGGAGAACCGGAGAACAUCAUGGCGCCGUCUUCAGGGAAAAAGAGAACUCACAAGAAAGGUCAAAAAAACAGUUCUGCACCUACUCUGCACAUUGGAGAAAAUGGUGAAAUGUUUGGAUUACAGAAGAACCCCAUUCCUCCGGGUUACAUCAGUUUGCAGCCUUUGGGAUCGGAGCAUCCUUCUUUGGGGGCAGGUGGAGCUCUUCCGGACAGUGCUUCCUCCAUCUUGCAACCUGGUUCUAUCUCAGAACAUGAAGAAACCGAAAAUCACAGCGACAAGGAUAUGUCCAAGGUUUGUGAUGAGUUAAACAUGGUCGACAACAACAAUUUCCCUCUGAGCAAUGAUGAAAUGCGUACAUCUCCACCUGUCGAAUUCUCACUUGAUAGACAUGCAGAUGAGAAUCAGGACAUCGACCACACCCAGCACCAUCAAGGUCAGGCAGAACAAUGGGUCAGUCGCCCUGUGCAUGCAUCUCAAAAGGACUACAGGCAGAACAGGUGUGAAGAUCCUGGUAAACGGAGUCAACCACAAGCUCGCUCCAAUGCAAUCGCAGAAGUGGUUCAUCAUAUCCAUCAGCCUAACAUGGAUUAUGAUGUUGUAAAACGGCAUCAGAAGACUAACUGUCGUGCUCGUUCUGCAUCACCGAUGCACUUGCAUUCAGUACGCUAUUCUGGCUUCACUGUCAACCAGCCAAAAACCAAGCGCGCUUGCACCAGCAAUCUCCAGUCAAACAACAAUCAUCAAGUGGCUGGGGACUCUGGUGACAUGAAAGUUGAUACUGAUUCAGAGGCAGCACAAAGUAUACAGGACGGUGCCAUUGUUGCAAAACGAAAGACACUUGGUUUCUUCCCGGAUCUUUGGGUCAAACUGCUGAAUUAUACCAAGGCCUGCUUUAGGUUGCAUCUUGCCAUCGCAGGCCCAUUCCCCACACACAAGGAAGCCCUUAGUGACACUGGUAUAUGCCUGGAACUAAUCACAGAAUCAAUUGUGGCUUGGGAGGUGCAAAACCACUGUCUUGAAGCAGAUUUCUAUCCCCAGUAUGAGUAUGACAUGGCCACUAUUUACAAUGAUUCCAUCAACUUUUGCAGUAGGAUCAAGCAAAUCGUGAUUAACAUUGUUUCUGUGGAGUACAAGCUGAGUGGUAGCGAGAGUGAGAUCAAACAGAAGGCAAAGGCAUUGUUGAAGAGCUCGAAAUUUUUGCGUGGAGAACGUGACAAGGAUGUAUGCACCAUCAUGACCUCAAAACCCAAUACUAAUUUUCUAGCAGGGUUGUACUUCUAA